CAGUCCUUCGAUCUCCUCUUCUUCCCGAGUCUGACCUUCGGUGUUUCCAACUCUCCAGCGUUUUCGCAUUCCGUUGUCACUCGUGAACCGGUCUCCUUGGAACUCACGUCACUCGUACUAGACAGACGCCUCUCAACGAUCCUCUCGAUUUUUUCGCUCAGUAGCUACAGGUCGAACGUCACUCGGCUCCACGCUCAGCGCAGAACUCGAAACGACUUUACGAUCCACGUUACUUGCUCCUUCUCUUCCUCUCGCCAGCUGACGCCUCAGAAUCACCCAUGGCUUCCUGCUGGCCCAUUCCCGAGUGCGCAAUGCAACUAGCUUCCACAUCAACCCUCGGUCUCAACUGCCAAGCGGGGUUCGAACGGCCAGGAAUUAUCACAGUCCUGGCGUCGAUCCUCGAUAGAGUUGUGGCGGUCAGCGAGCAGGCGCCUCCCAGACUCUGCGGCAAGACGGGGCAGCAGCUGACGGUGUUUCACGGUCUCAGAGCGCCUGGGAUAAGCAUCGCCAAGUACCUGGACCGGAUAUUUAAGUACGCCAACUGCAGCCCGUCGUGCUUCGUGAUCGCGUACAUCUACAUCGAUCGCCUGAUCAAGUCGCAGCCGGACAUGGUCAUCACUUCGCUGAACGUCCAUCGCCUGCUUGCGACGAGUGUCAUGAUCGCCGCGAAGUUCCUUGACGACGAAUAUUACAAUAACGCGUACUACGCCAAAGUCGGUGGUGUUGCGACAAGCGAGAUGAACAGAUUAGAGCUGGAGUUUCUUUUCCGGAUCAAGUUCCGGUUGAACGUGACGACGGAGGAGUUCAUGGAGUACUGCAAGCUUCUAGAGAACGAGCUCUGGACGUUGUGUCAGGCUCCUCAGGAGAUGCAAUACGUGAUGGCGACAAUGGCGGCCCAGGAGGUUCAAAUACAACAAUACGCGUACGGCGAUUAUGUCAACGCGGCUGCGAUGAAUAAAGUGCUGACGUCGAGUGGGGAUGCUGUUCAGACGCCCGAGCAAAGAGCGGAGCUGAGAAGAUACGCCAGCCCUCAGGAUAUUUGCUUAGUGGCUGCGUCGUAGUGGUGGUAGGAAUGCAUUAGAGUUAAAAUGGAGUGGAGACUCCAAGCCCCUAUACGAAUUCCAUGUAACAUAACACUUUUGACAUAUACUAGGACCAUUUAUUAUUUCUCCAU